AUGGGACAGAACGAGAAAUCAGAAAAGCCCUGCAGCACCAGUGGCUCGCUGCGUCUGCGCAUCAAGGAGCACAACCUCAUCAGGCGGCGGAAAGUCAGCAUUCCCGAGUUAGGACCCAUGACGACUGUACAAGAAGUUCCUAUGGACUCGCCUACGAUUCCGGGAAGGCCACCUCUUCACGAGAGGUCAAUUAGCGCUCCUGGCCACCAUGUCAAGCACCACAGAUCGAAUGGUUCAGUUUCGUCUAUAGCUACACACGAGGUCGACAACGCCGGUACUACCACGCCCGCCCGCUCACCAGACCGACACCAACGUUCCGCAUCGGAGAACCAGACUCCUCGCCAGCCCAUCUCACCGAAGCAACUAGCUCCUCUCGUCAUUCCCACUCACAUUGGAAACGUUCCUCGAUUAGCUAAACAGACUUCUCAUACCCGCAUGCGUUCUGGAAGCAGCGGUUACGACUGUGGUCAGCUCUCCGCUCGAGUCGACGACUCACCCAGAUCGCAAGCCCGAACCCCAUUCACGCCCAUGACCUCCUCGACCGCUCUUACCACGCCGUUGUCUGCUUGCCCCAGCUUUCAAUCCGCCACCACUCCCGUGUCCGCCCCCAUCAUGGAGAACAGAUCCUCGCCUAGGCCGUGGGAACACAGCACCCCGACUGCGACGACACCUAACCCAUCGAGGGAGACUUCAUCACCAGAGGUUGACGCCGCACCGAAACCGUAUCUCCACGGACACAGGAGAGGUCAAUCGGAGUCUGGUAGCAUUAUGGAUCGGGGAAGACCGAGGAAGCGCAGCGACGUACGCAACAACAACGGUCCACUGCUGAAGCGGAGCUGCUCGACCCGCAACAAGAGUGCCGAGCGAAAGGCUUUCGAGGAGCUGCCGACGGGCUGGAAGGCCAGCGAGGCACCUAAGCACAUUGACCAAGAGGAGCUGGCGGCUCUCCAGAUGCAAGCUUUUGGUCAGGCGUCCAGGUUUGAGGUCCUCAAGAAGGAGGACGUUGAGUUGCUCUCAAGAGAGCUUCGUCAGCUCGACGAGCGCACCGAGUACCUUCGCCGUACGUACAACUCGCUACGUGCCGGCCGCCGCAACUUGCACUCCCGUAUCUGCCAGUACCUGCGCUCUCCUCGCAUGGCCAAGUUCAGCACCGAUUCAAUGCUCAAGCAAGAGGAAGCUCUUGCGGAGCUCGACACGUCGAUCGACGACUGGGUCAACAAGCUUGAACAGGCCGAGAACCGCCGUACGCGGGUACGCCAAAAGCUUCUGGAACACGUUGCUGCUGCAGCUACCCUCCCUACUCCGGCGACGUCGACGGCGAGCGAGUCAUUGCAGCUCGCCAUGGGUGUCCGGACGACUCCACAAGUGGGUGUUGGCAACAUCUCCACCCCUCCCCGAAGCCCCACCAAGAACGGAUUCUCUUCGCACACGAGCAGCUCUCCUUCUUCUUCACCUCAACGCGUCGUUGCCCAGGUGCCCAGCACCAUCGUGGAGCAGCCCGUAGUCGAGGAAUCCGCCGACGGACGCGCCUCGACCUUCAGCCAGCGUCGUGCCAACGUGGAGAGCAUCCGCAUUUACGCUGACAGCGACGUCUAUGCACUGUUCGCCGACGUGGAGAAUGAAAUCACAAAGAUGAGCGCCGUCGCGGUCCAGACCGAGACUUCCGGAAACCUGUCCGACGACGAACGCCGAGAAAUCUAUCGAGCUCGCAGCCAUGAGGCCCUAAGUGGAUCGUCUUCCUCGGGGGCCAAGAGUCCCGUCCCAUCUACCCAAGCAUCGUCGUCGCCUACAAUCAAGGAUAGCCCGGCCGUCGAUGAACCCAUUCUCCUCACCAAUGCCGUCUUCCGAGGCUAA